AUGGAAGUCUUUGGGUAUGAGAAGCGUAUCAAGCACUAUACCAGCUCUCAGAAAAUACUCUUGGUCGGAGAAGGAGACUUCUCCUUUGCCGUUUCCUUAGCCAGAGCUUUCGGGUCUUCCAUUAACAUGGUCGCCACUUCUCUCGACAGCAGAGAGGCAUUGAGGGUGAAGUAUUUAAGGGCUAUAAGCAAUGUAAUGGAAUUGGAGAAGAGAGGAUGCGUAGUACUGCAUGUGGAUGUGCAUAAAAUGAGCCAACACCCUUUUCUGAGUUAUAUUCGGUUUGAUCGAAUAGUCUACAAUUUCCCUCAUGCCGGUUACUUGCAUGGUCAAUCAUCAUCCGAGCAUAACCAGUUUCAAAUUUGGUUCCAUCAGGAUUUGAUGAAGGGAUUCUUCACAAAUGCGCGUGAAAUGCUUACUGAAAUGGGAGAAAUUCAUGUCACACACAAGACAGCAUAUCCUUUCUGUGAAUGGGAAAUAGUGAAGUUAGCACGACAGGUUGGGUUGUAUUUGCUACAGGAAGAAAAGUUCUCAAGAUGGGAUUAUCCGGGUUAUGAAAAUAAGAGAGGAGCUGGGUUAUGCGAUCAAACUUUUCCUGUUGGAGAAUGUAGCACCUUCAAAUUUUCCAAGCUGUUGUACCAUUCUACCCCAUACAGUUACCACAUUGACUUGAUAAGGGCUUACGGUUAG